AUGAACGAUGAUGGAUCAAAGUUACUGUAUGAAGGAAUUAACUUGAUUUUUGAAAAGUGGACAGUUCUCAGACUGGCUGUGACGCACAAUUGGGGAGGACCAAACUCAGAAGAAAAAAAAAAAAAAUUAAUCGAAUAUGUGCAUAGUUAUAUAUUAUCAACUAGUAGCCCAAAACAUGAGUUGUGUAACUAUUUAAGGGACGAAAUGAACACCCUUUUUAAUGUAGAUAUUGAGGAUGACAGUGAUAUUGAAGUUUCCGAAUUGAUAUUGGACCUUUACAGUAACUUGAAAAAGAACAACUUGGAAAUUAUAGAAAAAAUAAAGCAAAUAAAGGAAUCAGACUUGACACAUUGUAGGGAAAAUAACUUAAUACAGGAAGGUUCCGGUUUGGAGGAAGGUGAAUCAGAUAGCGAUUAUUCGGAGGAAGAUCAGUUAGAAAGUUCUUAUUCGGACGAGGAACAUUCCGUGGGUAAUCAUUCUGAUGGGACGCAAUCAAAAAGUGAAUAA